CGAGGUAGCAGUAAGCUUCGCUAAAGGGUGCUGGUGGAGUUCAUGUUGUUUUUACGCUACUUCUGAAGUUUGUUUUGGUGUGCGUAAUAACACUUAUAAUGUAUCAGGAGCAAACUGUCCAACUCAUCGAUAGUAGAAAAAUACAAAAGGAAAUAACUAGAAAAAGUUCUUCCUGUUAAUCGACGAAACCAGUCUUGCAACUUCAUCACUUGGAUAUGCUUCAGCUGUGGAUCAUGAGAUUGCCAAUGAAAAUUAUGUUCAAGUAGAACUGUCAAAAUGGGUACUGCUUCUUCCCUGGUAAACCCUGGGGAGGUAAUUGAAGAUGCUUAUGGUGGUGGUGGUGGUGAAGCCUGUGAAAUUCCUGUGGAGGUGAAGCCAAAAGCCCGUCUUUUGCACAGCUCUUUUCGCCGUGGCCCACGGGUCAUUGGAGCCAGCUUCAAAUCAACUGCCUCUGUUGAUCUAGAGUAUGCUGUUGAGUAUGAAAAGUUAAAGAAAGAGUAUGAGAUCUUCAGAGUUAGUAAAAACAAUGAAAUUGCUUCAAUGCAGAAGAAAGAAGCCAAGCUGGACAAGGAGAAUAAAAGACUACGUGCAGAGCUUCAGGCUUUACAGAAGACAUAUCAAAAGAUACUACGUGAGAAAGAAAGUGCCUUAGAAGCUAAAUAUCAGGCCAUGGAAAGAGCUUCAACUUUUGAGCAUGAUCGAGACAAAGUAAAGAGACAGUUUAAAAUUUUUAGAGAAACAAAAGAGAAAGAAAUUCAAGACCUAUUAAGAGCAAGACGAGAUUUAGAGGCCAAAUUACAAAGGCUGCAGGCACAAGGAAUCUAUAUAUGUGAUCCUGCUGAUUCUGAUUCUGAUGACAACCGCACUGAUGUUACAAAUGCAGGUACCCAGUGUGAAUACUGGAGCGGAGGCUUGCUGAGCAGUGAGCCAUCAAUGGGUAGCAUGAUGCAACUACAGCGGAGCUUCAGAGGCCCAGAAUUUGCUCAUAGCUUAAUAGAUAUCGAAGGACCAUUUGCUAAUGUAAGCAGAGAUGACUGGGAUGCAGCUGUUGCAAGUCUACUUCAUUUGUCUCCAUUGGUUUCCCAGUCUUUGUGCAGUAAUAGUGUUCGAUCAUAUCUUGUGUAUACAUCUGACAUGCAAAGUGAAGCAGAUUUCUUUCUUAAGGAAUAUUCUCCAAAACUUCAAAGGAUGUGUGAAAGCAUUGGCCAUUUCUUUAUAACCGUGUCCUUUCCAGAAGAUAGUGCUGGUUGUUUCUCUGCUGAGCGAAAGCAAGAAAUUGAAAAAAGUUCUUUGUUUAUUUUGUUUCUAAAGUCAGCUUUAUCACGCUCAAUUUUGGAAGACUGUGAGGAUGGUUUCUUGAAAAAUCCAGAAGCAAGACCAUUUCUUAUAUAUCAUAGGACAACAGAGAACAUUCCCUUAUCAACGGAAUUGACAGAGUUUAUUGAAAAAAUUUCUGAGACUGAUAAUUCUGGCAAAGUAAAGAUAAUAGCUCAUGAUGGAGAUAUACAAGAAGGACUUUAUAGAACAUUUGUCCAGAUGGAGAAAAUCAUCAAACAGGAAAUACUUGGAUAUGAGUGCACAGAAGCUGAAAAUAAAGAUUCUGGAAUUGAAGACGACUGCCAAGAGGAAAACUAUGGGGAUGUCUUGUGGGAUAUGCGCGAUGAGCAAGAACAAAUAGAAGCUUUUAAGCAAGCAUCAAAACGUUCUUGUCUGCUUGGUUUUGAUAAAUAUAUUGAGCGGCUGAAUGACAUGGUGGUUGCUCCUUCACCCAUUCCACCACUUCUUGUAUCAGGAGGACCUGGCUCUGGAAAAUCUCUUCUUUUGUCUAAAUGGAUUGAGCUACAACAAAAACGAUCUCCAAGCACAUUAAUUCUUUAUCAUUUUGUGGGAAGACCUCUCUCCACAAGUUCAGAGCCAGUGCUUAUAAUUAAACGCUUUACAGUAAAGCUGCUUCAGCAUUCCUGGUCAGUUUCCACAUUGUCCUUGGAUCCUUGCAAGAUUCUUGAGGAGUUUCCUCGAUGGCUGGAGAAGUUAUCCACUCGCCACCAAGGCAACAUAAUCAUUAUUAUCGAUUCUAUUGAUCAAAUUGAACAAGCUCAAAGACACAUGAAGUGGUUGAUUGAUCCACUGCCAGUCAAUGUCAGAGUAAUUGUGUCUGUAAAUGUUGAGACAUGUCCACAAGCUUGGAGGUUAUGGCCCACGCUUCAUCUUGAUCCACUUAGCCCAAAAGAUGUAAAAUCAGUUAUUUACGCUGAAUGCCAAAGAAUGGAUAUAAUCCUUACCAAAGAGCAGGAAAAGAAAGUGGAAAAACAUUGUCGCUCUGCAGCUACAUGCAAUGCCCUGUAUGUGACUUUGAUGGCCAAAAUUAUUGGAAGUUUUAAAAAUGCCGGGGAUACUGAUGCAAUACUACAGCGAUGUUUCCAGUGUCAGGAUACAGUGUCCCUUUACAGAAUGGCAAUGAGAUCUCUUCAGGACAUCAUGUCAACAGACAGGGAUAAGCAGCUGAUGAGAGAGAUAGUUUGUCUUAUGUAUGUCAGUCACAAUGGUAUCAGUGAAUCUGAACUAAUUGAGAUGUUUUCUGAUUUGACGUGGCCACGACUUUCUUUCCUUCUGCAUAAGCUUCAGAAUAUGUGCAUUAUAAAAUAUGUCUGUGGACUUCUUAUGUUUCAGCAUUUGCAGGCUUGGGAAGCAGUUAGGCUUGAAUACAUGGAUGGUGAGCAGCAUUCUCCCUUUGUGUAUAGGGAGAAGCUUAUCAAUUAUUUUGAUCAACAUUUGAGUCAAAACAGGGUCACAUGGAGGGGGGCUGAUGAGCUCCCAUGGCUAUUACAGCAACAGGGUGAGAAACAGAAACUGCACAGGUGUCUUCUUAAUCUGUUUGUUUCACAGAAUCUUUACAAAAGAGGACAUUUUUCAGAAUUACUGAAUUAUUGGCAGUUUGUUGGAAAAGAUAAAUGUUCAAUGGCAGCUGAGUAUUUUGAAACUCUGAAACAUUUUGAAAAGAACUGUGAAGGAGAAGAGAGCAUGAAAAAACUUGCAGAUCUUUAUGAAACUCUGGGACGAUUCCUCAAGGACCUGGGUCUUCUUGGCCAGGCAGUAGCUCCCUUGCAGCGAUCUCUAGAAAUUCGUGAAACAGCAUUGGAUCCAGAUCACCCCAGUGUGGCUCAGUCACUGCAUCAGCUGGCUGGUGUUUAUGUCCAGUGGAAGAAAUUUGGAAAUGCAGAACAGCUGUACAAAGAAGCCUUGGAAAUUAGUGAAAAUGCAUAUGGUGCUGAUCAUUCCAGAGUGGCACAUGAAUUAGAUUCAUUAGCUGUGCUAUAUCAAAAGCAAAACAAGUAUGAACAAGCUGAAAAGUUGAGAAAAAAGUCAGUUAAGAUAAGACAAUGUUCUGCUCGACAAAAGGGAAGCAUGCAUGGUUUUUCUGUUCUACGGCGACGUGCAUUACAGCUGGAAGAGCUCACCCUAGGAUGUGAUACAGCAGAAAAUGCAAAGACACUGAAUGAGCUUGGAGUUCUGUACUACCUACAGAACAAUCUUGAGACUGCCAAAAUUUUUCUGACCCGUUCUCUUGAAAUGAGGCAGCGUGUGCUUGGCACUGAUCACCCAGAUUGUGCUCAGUCUCUUAAUAACUUGGCUGCCAUUUACAAUGAGAAAAAGGAAUAUGAGAAAGCUGAAGAGCUGUAUGAGAGUGCUCUGGACAUAAGGAGGAAAGCCCUGUCACCUGACCACCCUUCUCUGGCGUAUACUGUCAAACACCUGGCAGUUCUGUAUAAGAAGCAGGGGAAGCUUGAUAAAGCUGUUCCACUCUAUGAACUUGCAGUUGAAAUUCGUCAGAAAUCAUUUGGACCUAAACACCCGAGUGUAGCAACGGCUUUAGUGAACCUUGCCGUUUUGUAUUGCCACUUGAAGAAGUAUGGCGAAGCGCUCCCAUUGUAUGAGCGGGCACUAAAGAUCUACGAGGACAGUUUGGGUCACAACCAUCCACGUGUAGGAGAGACACUCAAAAACUUUGCUGUUUUAAGUUAUGAAAAGGGUGAUUUUGAAAGAGCUGCAGCUCUGUACAAGAGAGCAAUGGAAAUUAAAGAAGCCGAACCCUCGCUCUUAUGUGGAAAAGCACCUUCAAGAAAUUCUUCAAGUGGCGACACUUUCAGCUUAAGAAAUCCCGGGAUCCUGCCUAAUAUUCUGAAAUAUGGUCAAUCUAACCCAACAUUUUUGCUACAAAAUGGUCCAAGACAUUUUAUCUUAAGGAAGAAGCCUCCAGGUCCACUUUUACCAGGAGCACAUAAGAUUGACAGAGAAUAUCGUGUACAGAAAGCUUUAUUUUCUGUUGGGUUUCCUGUACCUCAGCCUCUUUUGUACUGUGAUGAUGUUUCAGUCAUUGGAACUGAGUUUUAUAUAAUGGAGCAUUUAGAGGGACGCAUUUUCCGGGACUUGCGGCUACCAGAUGCAAGUCCUGCUGAACGGGCUGCCUUGUAUAUAGCUGCUGUUGAAACUCUGGCAAGGUUACACUCUUUGGACUUGAAUUCUCUGGACCUCCAAAGUUAUGGAAAAGGAGAGGGGUACUGUAAAAGACAAGUAUUAACAUGGACAAAGCAAUAUAAUGCAGCAGCUCAUGCUGAAAUUCCUUCUAUGAAUAAGCUGUCAGACUGGUUGAGUAAUAAUGUGCCCUCAGAUGAUAAUGUUGUAACUUUGGUUCAUGGAGAUUUUCGUUUGGAUAACAUAAUAUUUCAUCCCUAUGAGGCUCGGGUUUUGGCAGUACUUGACUGGGAACUUUCUACCACUGGUCACCCAGUUGUAGAUCUGGGCUAUUUCCUAAUGCCCUUCAGUUUGCCUAAAACUAUUGAGGCUUUUGGCACAUUAGGAUCCUUGCAAGGAGUUGAAGGCAUUCCAGCACCAGCUGAAAUCAUUUCUAUUUACUGUCGCUGUCGACAUCAAGUUCCUUCAUUGAUAAAAUGGCACUUUUUUCAAGCUCUUGCCCUUUUUAAGAUGGCUGGAAUUGCCCAGGGAAUUUAUGCUCGUUAUCUUCUCGGAAAUGCCAGUGCAGAAAAUGCAUAUCAGUUUGGAGAUGCCGUUGAACAUUUGGCAAAAAUUGGACUUGAGAUUGCUGAGAGAGGGUUAUACAAGCCUGAUGAGCAGUCAUCCAUAUCUGAAGAUCUGUUUAAGCAGUCCAGCAAAGGAAAGGUGAUUCUUAGUCGGAUGAAAGACUUCAUACAGAAUUAUGUUUUUCCUGUUGAAAAGGAGGUGCUGGAAUAUUAUGAGAAAUAUGAAAAUUCACCAAUGAGAUGGAAAAAGCCUGAGGUGAUUCAGAAACUUAAGGACAAGGCCAGACUGGAGGGGCUCUGGAACCUUUUCCUACCUGCAGUAAGUGGUCUUACCCAGCUGGAUUAUGCAUUUAUAGCAGAAGAAACAGGAAAGUGUUUCUUUGCUCCAGAUGUUUUCAACUGCCAGGCUCCAGAUACUGGGAAUAUGGAAGUGCUGCACUUAUAUGGUACAGAGAAACAGAAACAACAAUGGCUGGAGCCUCUGCUGAAUGGAGAAAUUACAUCUUGCUUCUGCAUGACUGAGCCUGAUACAGCUUGUAGUGAUGCAACAAAUGUUGAAUGCAGCAUUCAAAAGGAUGGUGAAUGUUAUGUGAUUAAUGGGAAAAAAUGGUGGAGUAGUGGUGCUGGAAGUCCAGACUGUAAGAUAGCAAUAGUGAUGGGUAGAAUGAAGGAUGAAUCUGCAAACAGACAUAGACUACACAGCAUGAUUCUGGUCCCACUUGAUACUCCUGGAGUAAAGAUAGUGAGGGCCCUAAAGGUAUUUGGCUAUGAUGAUGCACUUCAUGGUGGUCAUUUUGAAGUUCACUUCGACAAUGUUCAUGUUCCUAAAGACAACAUGAUUUUAGGUGAAGGACGUGGAUUUGAAAUAGCUCAGGGUCGUUUGGGCCCAGGCCGUCUCCACCACUGCAUGCGAACGAUAGGACUAGCUGAGCGAGCACUGGAGCUUCUCUGUCAGCGUGCCAUUCACAGAAAAACAUUUGGCAAAAAACUCUACCAGCAUGAAGUCAUUGCACACUGGAUUGCAGAAUGCCGCAUUGGCAUUGAACAAGCCCGCCUGCUAACUCUCAAUGCUGCCAACUCCAUGGAUAAAUUUGGGAGCAGUGCUGCUAGGAAAGAGAUUGCAAUGAUCAAAAUAGCAGCAGCUAGAAUGGCCUGUAAAGUUGUAGACUGUGCCAUACAAGUUCAUGGAGGUGGUGGAGUGUCCCAAGAUUUUCCUCUUGCUCAAAUGUAUUCACUUCUACGCACUUUGCGAAUUGCUGAUGGACCAGAUGAAGUUCACCUGUCUGCUGUUGCAAAGAUGGAGCUGAGAGAUCAACUGAAGAAGUUCAAAGCCAAAAUAUGAGUUUAGUAAACAUUAUUCAGAACAGCAUACAAAUGCACUGGGCAGCAUUAGUCAUCUUGUAACAAUAUAUUCUAACAAAAGUAAAUCAAUAUGCAUUAAUUAAAUCUCAUUUAAUUACUUGUUGACAAUGACAAUACUUUCAAUUAACUCAUUAUGAAGUUUGUUUAAUUUUCUUUGUAUUUCAAGUGUAAUGAUUAUACCCUGUAAAAAACAUUUGGUAAUUAAACAGCAUCAUCAAAAUAAAA